AUUUUACCUCUGAUAAGAAUCAGCAGUCCAUAUACGUAGUAUAUCUAUAUAGUCAAAGUUUUUUCCUGUUCGUUUGGUCGUUGGAAAAAUCUACCAAUUCGAAGUAAACUUACGCGCUAAAAUCAUUAUUACGUUACGUUUUAUUAAUUUCCAAGGAAAUCGACGUUUACAGCUAGACAACCAUGAGCGAUUACGACGAAAGAGUAGAUGUAAAAGAAUCUGAAGAUGAAUACGAAUACUUCCGCACAAGAGAGUACUACGGUGAUGAAUGCGCCAAAUGUAUGACUGAUGACGCCUACACGUUCGGCCGGCUGACUCCUGUAAUCUUAACCAACGUGCCAAAAUUACAAGAAAUGGCUUCUGUAGUGGUUGCAGCCAGUCUAUGGAAUCACAUCAACAUACCUAAAGCUGUAUCCGGUGUUAGAGACAGGUGCUUGAAAGGCAGCACCACAUGGUUCAUUGUACGUGGAAGGGCAAUUGACGGCUACAGCGCAUGGAGCACUAUGCGUGGAAAGGUAAUCGGUUUAAUCCAAGAAUUACCCGUCUCUAAACCUAUAACCGAACAGAUCGAUCGAUGCGUACGUAGAAUGGCAAAUGAAAUCACCGCCUGGGUAUCGUAUCACUAUAAUGCGGUGUUUUUAGCUAACGGAAUCGAUAAAUUCGUCUACAAUCUGUUGUAUCGUAUCGUUUGGAAUUGUAACGGAACCAUCAACUGUGUGAAAACGGCCAGAAAUAUGAAGACAUCGCUGAGAUUGAGCGAAAUUGAAAAAUUUAGAUUUUUCGCUACGUAUUGCUUGGAAGACGAAAUGAGUACUAUGUCGCAGCUAUUAUAUUCGGAUAAUGCUCUCGAUUGCCUGCCAUUCCUUGAAUAUCCGUUAAUUUUUUAUUGGUGCUGUUAUUUUGAAGAUGAAUUGGACAAGAUACGUGCAACCAAAGGGUAUAAUAAGAAUCUAUCUAUCGACGUAUACAUGUUCCAAAAUCGUGAAGUCGACAAUUGGCCAGCCAAAGAGUAUUUUUUCGAUCGGCUAAGCUCCGAAGAACAAGUACAACAGGCUAUUUGGCUGAUUGACAGCAAACAUGGAGCUAUUUACCAGAAAGCUGUGUUGCUGAAAUUGGACGAAAAUCAACGAAUGCGCGUUUACGUGGAACGAGCUGCUCAAAUAAUCGUUAAUUACGCUCGUCCUCGUAUUAGUUCGAGAUUUAUUCUUCAAACAUGGUCGGAAGCUCGGCAUUUAUUUAGUCCGGAUCAGUUUUUAAAUUUAUUUCAAGAUUUAUUAAUUAAAACUGAUGUGAAAGAUGUCCUUUUAACGGAGAUUUGGUCCAGCGCUAGCGAUAAUUUCAAACGACAUGUGGUCUGCGCUAAUGAGCAUGAAAUCGUUGAAACAGUAUUAACAAAGUGGAAGUGGCGCAAGGAUAGCGAUUUCGUGUUUGUUUUAUUACAAGAUUCGAAUGCAAAGAUCAAAAAAUCCAUUGCCAGCAAGAAAUUUUUCUACACCUACUGCGAAAAGUUAACAGUAAACUGUAAAUUUCAACAGCUUGGUCGAUUAUUGGAAUUGUGCCUUCUUGAUGCCCAGGAAUUAGCGCAAUUAAAAAUGAAAAUUGUGAAUAAUUUGGAUCGUGAAAAUUUCAACAUCCACUGCGAAAAAUUACUACUAAAUAGUGAAUUUGAUAAGCUUGAUCGAUUGCUGGAAUUCUGUAUCUCCGGUGCCGACAAUUUAGCGAAAUUCAAAAUAGAGCUCGUGAGUAAUUCGAUACAUGUUAGACAAAUCUGCUUGAAAUAUUAUUCUUCGGGUAACACGAAAGCUUUGAAUAAGUAUCUUCAACAGCUUUUAGCCUCGCAUCCCGAUGUUGUACUCGAGUAUAAAAAGAACUUGAUAUCAUCGACGGACGGAUUCAGCUUGUGUGUUAGUAUUAUGGAUAGUCCAGUUGAUGUCCUGAACGUUAUCUUGAAAGACAGUUUGAAAACUGCGAAAACGAUAAAGGAGUUUAAAAAAAGCAUGAUUUUGUCACCCGAAGCCAUCUCUAAACUGAAAGAUUUGUUACUCAAUAACCGUUUGAACUCCGUACAAAUCUGUAUCGAUCGUUACCUCACUACAAUCCAGGAUAAGAACGCGUUGAAGAAGCAAUUAAUCGACGAUUUUAAUGUACAACUGAUGCUUUCGAUAUUGCGAAACAACGACGAAUCAUAUUUGCAAUCUGCUUCGAUUUGGUGGUUCGGUAAUGAGAAUGCCGUGCAGGAAUUCAAAGGCACGUUAAACUUAGAUUCGAUUUUUAUUGAUAUGCUGAAAAAUUGCGUUUUUCAGCGAUAUGAUCGUUAUUUGUCGGGAUGCGUCUUCAAAAGUUGCGAGCCUAGCGAUUUCGAAGUUAUGGAACGAUUUUUAAAUUGGUAUUUCCAAUCGUCGACCAAAGUAAAGGAGUACAAAAUGAAGGUUAUUUAUUCGUAUUCGAAAAUAGAUAUGUUCCAGACUUUGUUGAGAGGAAACAGCGGCCAAUCACAGUUGCGUAUGGUGUUAAACUGGUUUUUCAAAAAUGACACCGCCGAAAUUUCUAAAUUCAAAAAACAAGGAGGCAAAAUCACUUAUCUGAUUUAGGCGGUGCAUAUUUUUAUGUUGAAUAGUUUUUAUGUGUUUUGUUACGAUAGUGUCUACUUUUUUAGUAUCAAUUAUGUUUUUAUCGUUUUGAAUUGGCUUAUUAUAAUAGCUAUCACUGUACUUUGAAUUUUUUGUGUUACGUUUUAUUUUUCCGUUUGGUUUUGUUUCGAUUUUUUGAAAUAAAUUUACUUUGAGUUUGAGUGUAA